UAGGUGGGGGUAAAUAAGCAUGAAGGAUAGAGUUAAUAGGGCAAAUAAGAAUAAAGUCCUAAAAAUAAUAGAACGCCUGUUAUAUAUAGUGGCGUGAGAUUGAGAAUCCUAAAUCGACCUUUCUCCUAAAAUCCACGAACCUUAACCUAAAUCACGAUCGUAAAGAUGUUCUUAAGCUGUCGCAAUGAAGAAGAAUUGGAUCGCGAAUCGGCGGAAACGGAUGAACUUUUGAAGAAAUACGGUAUAUUCGAUCUCAAAAGCUCUAGGAACGACCUACUUAGAUACAGAUGUACGAAAGAUCAUCCUUGUCCUCGCUUAGUCCGCCUGUAUGCUAAGAUGGGCCUCCAUCGUUACAACUUGCUGCAGGGUACAAAGUUUAAGCUCAAAUGCGUGAGGAAAUACAUCGAGACAAUGGGUACUGCUGCUCGCUCCUAUUACAUGACUUUGGAUGCAAUUGACACAGCUGCUGCUGGUAGCUCUUCUUCGCUUCAAACUUUUCAGACUAAAGUAUCGGAAGAGGCUUGUGGCCUAUUCAUUCUGUUGUGCGAUAUUGCAAGAAUUCGAGGGGAAUCAAAAAGUGACGAAGAGACGAUGGGUGUGGACAGAAGCAUGCCUGAGUGGCCGCCAGAGAAUCCUUUUGAAAGACAUUGCCUGGGGAAGGAAGAGGUGAAUUCCAAUGACUGGAUUCGUCUUUAUGUGGAACUUGCUCUUGCCGCAACUGAAGAUAGGGAUGGUGAAUUGAAGUUCAAAUUGAAGAUUGUGAACGUGGCUACAGAUUUGCUCGAUGGGGGACUCAACGCCAGAAAUGCUACUUUUUACAUAAGGUACUUGGACAAGUCCAAGGGUGAGGAAUCUGAUUGCAUUGCUUGUGUUAGGAGAAGGAUUGAUGAGGAAACUGGAUGUUUCAUCCUAGUUGGUCAGACUCAUCCAACUUCAGAUAUUUUAUCAAAGAAGCGUAAGUUUGUUGGUGGGGAUAGCGUCGACAAAAGGACCAAGACCGGACUUCCAGAUCAUAUCUCGUCAGAACUAGCUACCCGCGAGGAUCAUGAAGCUGUGAGCUCUGACUCUUCUUCAGUUGUUUCAAUUGAGUAACACCGGUGGCCUGGCUAGUCGUCUCCCGCAACACAAUAUCAGUUUGGAAUUAAUGCUGGGAUUAAGUUGAUUGGAUUGUUAAGUAGACUUGUUUUCGUUUGGUGUUUGCCUGAAUAGGGGAGUCAUUCUUCUUCUUGCCCUUAGUUGUUUCCUUUUCAUGUCACACUUGGUAACUGACCUGUGAUACUAAUAAAUAAAUUUGUGAAGGAUA